AUGGAGAAGAAGAAGGCCGAUCAUGGAGAUGAUGGGCAGCAUGAGAGUGUUCCUCCUAUCCAUAGCCAAGUCGUGAAGAUCAAGAAAGAGUUCGAGAAGAUCCAACACCCUUCUCUACGACAGCCUGAGAUGCCAAUGGUUCUUCGCGAGAUCAUGGUCCCACGACGUUCCCGUUCUCCCCUCGGCUUAGGAGAGAGAGAGAGACCCAUCUCCGUUGGCAAUUGA